GACUGUCGGAAUGGGGGCCAUUAAAAACGGACUCGAAACAUGGAAAACGUGUUUAUUCAUUUAACCUAAACUGUACACUUAAUAAUAAGCUUUCCUGUUUUCUUUUUUUUUUUUAAUUUUUUUAAGGAGAAACCAAAAAUGUACAAAUGUCGUACACUCUUCGAUCCCGUUGUGGUGUGUCCAUAUAACAAAAAUCACUUUAUCGCGAGAUCUCGUAUUCAGAAGCAUAUUGUCAAAUGUGAAAAGCAAUACCCGGAGAAGCUCAUGUGUCCAUACAACGCAACUCAUCGGUUGCUUAAAACGGAAUUCGAGGAGCACAUCAUCAGCUGUCCGGAUCGCAACAUGUGCGAGUUAGAAACAUAUUCAGAGACAAGGAAGCACGGUGCAACAAAUUUUGGACUGUCAGAACUUUCAAGUACCAUAGAUUGCGCAGAGAAUUGGGAUCUAGAGGCCAACGACGAUUUUUUUGCUGAAGAAAACUCUCCUGUGUACGACAACGUUGAUUUAAAGGCUCAUUGCGUUUCUCAACACAUACUGAAAGAGAAGAGUAAGAAUAUGACGUCUGUAAGACCACCACGUGGCUUUUCCGAAGCAAUGUUGAGAGAAGCGAGUGAGGACUGUGUUGACGAUCUAGAAUCGGUGGUUAGUUCGAUGGGAAUCGGCAGAGGGAAAGUUACUUCGAGCAUUAACAAGCUGAGAAAAAUUGGAAUAGGCAGGGGAAAACCGAUGAAUAUUUUGUAAAUAUCAUCACGUAAAUUUUCUAAACGAAAGUGAACAAAGAGAAUAUUGGAGUUUCCUCAUUUGCAAGUACAAAUGAAAUGAUCUAGUAUUAUCUAAAUACUAUAUUUCUAUAUAUAAUUUACAAUAUGUAACUUAUCGCUUACAUUUCUUACACUUAAAUAUUUGUUCCAUGAACCUUUUAUUUUAGAAAUUUACAUCGUUUAAGGUAUUUACAAAUGCAAUGUAAAAGAUUCGUCCAUUAUCAAGUAUGAUUAAUUUUUCUAUAAAAACAGGGCAUUAUGUAAGGAAACUAAAAUAUUUGAAUUAUCUGCAAAUUAACAGAUAUUUUGCAAUUGCAGUGGCAGUUGAUACAUUGUUACGUUAUUCUUAAGUUCGUUAUUCCUUAUUUUAGUUUUUUUUCUUUCUUUUUUUUUUUUUUUUUUUUAUAGAAUUUUUAAGUUUUAGAUGUAAUACAUAAAGUACAUGAAGCGCAAUACGUAAAGUGAGAAUGUAACAAAUGAUUUGUUAUCUAAGGCUGUUUUUGAUAAUGCGUAAUACUUUUUAUGUUUUGUACCUACAAUUAUAAUAAAAUCUGUGAUUAAAUUGUCUUCAACAUUA